CAUUAAUCCCCUCACAUGAUCUGUGUACUUUAAAGCAGCAGUGUUUAUACUGUACUUUAACUCGGCUGUGUGUCUGUUGUCACAAUGGCGACCCGGUGGAUACUUUACUGUUUUCUUCUCCCUUCUCUUUGUGCACACCACGUUUUUGCGGUAUCUACGAGCUGGAAGCAGAGCAGAAGAACACAGAGUUUCGAGGCUGAACCUCAGUUUCAGGAGAAGUUCUUCACUCAGAUUUUGGACCACUUCAAUUACAACAGCUGGGGCAAUGGGACAUACUCUGAGCGUUACCUGAUUACGGAUGAGUAUUGGAGGAAAGGCUAUGGCCCUAUUUUCUUCUACACUGGAAAUGAAGGGGACGUGUGGGACUUUGCCCUGAACUCUGGCUUUAUCGUGGAGCUUGCAGCUAAACAGGAGGCUCUGCUCAUAUUCGCUGAGCACAGAUAUUAUGGGAAAUCUCUGCCCUUUGGCCAAGAGUCGUUCAACAUUGAAAACGUCGGGCUCCUGACGGUGGAGCAGGCUUUGGCAGACUACGCCAUCAUGAUCACACAGCUAAAGGAGGAACUGGGAGCUCAAAAAUGCCCUGUCAUUGUUUUUGGUGGGAGUUACGGGGGCAUGUUGAGUGUGUACAUGAGAAUACGCUACCCUAAUAUUGUAGCUGGGGCUUUAGCUGCCAGCGCUCCUAUCUUAUCUACAGCAGGACUGGGUGACUCCAGGCAGUUCUUCCAUGAUGUUACAGCUGAUUUUGAGAAUUAUAACCCAUCUUGUAAGGAUGCAGUGAAAGCUGCUUUCCGGGAACUUCAGGCUUUGGCACAACAAAAAGAAUACAGUCGUAUUCAGUCUGCUUUUUUACUGUGCAAGACUCCGUCCUCGGAUAAAGACAUUCACCAGCUGAACGGUUUCCUGCGCAAUGCCUUUACGUACCUGGCUAUGUUAGACUACCCGUAUGAAACCAGCUUUAUGUCAAAAAUGCCUGCUUUUCCUGUUAAGGUGGCGUGUGAGAUGAUGCUGAAUGAAAGUGAUGUGCUGUCUGCGCUUCGAGACACCGUGGGUAUUGUGUAUAACUCUACAGGGAAGCAGAGCUGCUUUGAUCUUUACUCGCUGUACGUGGAGUGCGCAGAUCCGACAGGUUGUGGCCUCGGCUUUAACAGCUACGCCUGGGACUAUCAGGCAUGCACGGAGAUCGAGAUGUGCUUCGAGAGCGACAAUGUGACAGACAUGUUUCCCCCCAUGCCCUUCACACAGAGCAUGAGAGAGGUGUACUGCGCUAAGCGCUGGGGGGUGCUGCCACGGCCAGGCUGGCUCAAAACCCAGUACUGGGCUGAUGCUCUUUCAACUGCCAGCAACAUCAUCUUCUCCAACGGUGAUCUGGACCCAUGGGCUAACGGAGGGGUCAGAAAGUCACUUAGUGAUUCUUUAAUCGCAAUCAACAUAGCAGAUGGAGCACAUCAUCUGGAUUUAAGGGCCUCUGACGAACGUGAUCCUGCGUCAGUGACGAAGGCACGGCAGCAGGAGGACAUCAUCAUCGCUCAGUGGGUGAAAGCUGCGAGAGAAAAGAUGCUUUGAAAAUCUUUCCAGAUGACGUUUGUACUUUUUAAAAGCUCCACAUGUAAGAAUCAAAUUUCACAACAUUCAGCACAUAAAAUGGUUAGUAUUUUCACAUUCAAUUUUAUUUUUUCUGGCCCUGAAAUUCUCCCCCCCCAGAUAGGGCAGUUGCCAGUUUUGGCCUUGGCCCUGAAAAAAGAACCCUUCUGAGGCAGAUAUAGGUGGAACGAGGCAGAUAAAAGUGGAAAGACGUCUAAUGUCGUUGCAAUGAAUUUUUAAAUUCAAUUUUACUUUAUUGUAAUUAUUGUAACCUGUAAUUAUCAUGGAAUGUUUUUAGUACAUUUAAGUGCAAUUAAAAUCACUUUUCCACAAACGCCA